AUGACGGAACCGCAGCCUACUUAUCACCCCGAGAACAACUACAAUCACUCGAGCUUCCCGUAUGAUCUUAAUUUUGUGUUCAGCAUGCAGAGAUAUCACAUGAUCAUUAGCUCCAUCAUGUGCGUUUUCGGGUCGUUUAUAAAUUUCUUCGUCAUAUUAGCGUUCCUUCGCUGUAGACGACUUCGCAGCGCAACGAACUGGUUCGUUUUCAGCCUAUCCAUGUCUGAUUUCACCUGUAGUGCUAUCAUAACGCCUUCGGGAGCCGUGUACUACUUCGUACCUGGUUUAGCGGACAAUACUUUCUUUUGCGUCUUUUUCAACGGACUCCGACUCGUCAUCCUCUACUGUACCGAACUGCUUAGCCUCCUACUCAUCGCAAUUGAUCGAUUCAUCGCUGUGACUCGACCUCUCAAAUACCGACAAAUCAUGACAAGAGAGCGGGCAAAAACCAUGGUGGCACUAGUCUGGGUGUUCUCCUAUGUUUUCGGAUAUGUUCCGGCAGUUGUGGACACAGGCUUAAAUAGUUGGAUUGAUCUAUGUGAUGGAUAUUUUAAAUACAGCACAAUUUUCUCACUUAUAUUUGUGUAUGGUCUGUUCACUUUUUCAUUUUUGGCUAUCCUAGUGAUUUAUGCUAUCGUCUUCGUCAGGGCGAGAACACAACUGAAGCGGAAGAUCGGCGACAUGUCGAACGGAGAAUUGAAAAAGAAAGUGUCGAACAGCGCGACCGUUGCAAAGACCAUGUUUGUUAUUGUAGCUAUUUUUACCAUUGCUUGGGUACCGAAUAUGACGAUAAGUCAAAUAUUACUACAUUGUGAGCAAGUUGAAAUCCGGGGACAAGUGUUUUCUCAGUGUAGUAACAACAUAAAUCACAAUCUCGCCCUUGGUAUGAAGUAUUACUCAUUGACCUUUGUUGUAAUAAGUUCCGCGAUCAAUCCGCUUCUUUACUCGUAUCGUAUCAGACUGUUGAGAAAAGAAGUUCGGAAACUGGUGUUGUGCUGCUUGCCCAAGAAAAGACAGGUAAAUGAAGCACAUCCGGUCGGAAUCAGUAUUAUCUCUAAUUAA